UUACGAAUUACGACAGUCGCUCGCGCGGGAAUCAACAACGCGCAUGUGCCGUGUUGCGCACAAUCGUAAAAUAAACCGUGGAAAAUCCGACUGCGCAUUGUUAAUACACGCUAUAAAGAAACCAUUUAUCAUACGACGCAUUUUCUCAAUAUGGUGGGAUAUAAUGAUUUUCUUUAAAUGGAUUUCUCCUCCGGAAGGACCAGUACCUGGAGAUGGUGACGUGACAUGUUAAGCAUGCGGUGGGUGAUCUGGUGGAAUAUUCUAAUAGCGCUCCACGCGCCAGGUCCUUCCAUAGGGCAGACAGCCACGCCGACCAUCUGCGAGGAUGAAGCUUGCCGCUGUGACUCAUUUACAAGGGUCAUAUGCAGCUGUACCAAGGAGUUAGAGGAAGUGACUCUCAGGCCACAAGGUGCUUAUAGAAUACCACCUAUGACCACUGGUAUAAGCAUAGAAGGAUGUCAUAGUGUAACAUUUCUUGAAAAUACUAUUCGAAGUCUUAUUCAACUAAGAACUGUAGAAUUAAAAAAUAUCAGCAACAUCGUGAUCCGUGAACGAGCUUUGGAUUGGUCUCCCUUUAGCAGAGACAGUGAAAUGAAUCCAGGAAUUCGGUUAACAAUAGAAAAUAGUACAGUAAGUGAAAUAGCAUCGCACUCUAUUCAAGGAAGAAUCAACGAAGUGCUCAUCAGCAACAGCCGGAUUAUUAAUUUACGACCCUUCGCGUUUUCUAGUCUAACGGGAGUGAAAAGUGUCGAAUUCAUUAACAAUGAUUUUAUCAAUAUAGACAUACAGACUUUUAAAAAGUUUACUACAUCUAAUUUUAUAAUACGCGGUGGAACUAUACAUCAUUUACCAAGUAGAUUUUUAUCAGAUGUAGAAGUUACUAAUUUAUUUCGACUAGAUGGCGUAAAAAUAAAAUAUUUAUCAAGUCUGACGUUUCUUGUCACCGCACCAAAGAGAAUUUUAAUAGAAAAUAAUGUUAUUGAUACAAUAGAAGGUGAUUGCUUUCACAUGGUUUCUAGAGGUCCGAUAACCUUUAGAAAUAAUUCUGUAACUGUAUUAAAUAAGGGAGCUUUAUUAGGUUUUUCUGUGCAAAGGGAAGUAAUAGCUGUAAUGGGCCGUCAAGAAUUAUUAAUAGAUAAUAAUACAAUAACUAAUUUAACUCCCGCCGCUUUAGUGUAUAAUGAAACAGUUCUUACAAUGCGUGUUGAUGGACUAAAUUUAAAUAAUUCUUGCACUUGUGAGCUGGCAGAAGAAUGGCAUGAUGUUUAUAAUAAGCAAGGCGGAAUUAUAAACUGCUGGUACGAAUUGGAAGGAUAUUUUAUUUCGCUGCCAACUUUCGUCAGUAUACGGUGUGGAACCUUUAAACAAACGUUUUGGAUCUUUGUCGCGGUAGGCGUUCUAUUUGUUGUACUAGCGGCCGGCAUUUCUAUAUUUUUUAUAGUCAGAAAGGAGAAUGAAAAGAAAAAGAAAUUACAAAUAGUUUUACCAGACGGUAAGACUUAUAAAGAAACUGAGUUUCAUGUUAUCGUAGAAAGAGCUGAGCUACUUACGACAGAUUUGUGAGAAUAGUGAUCAUAUUCCUAACAUGUAAAGUUAACGUAUAGUUGCAUAGAAAACUGUCCUAAUCAAACAUUCCUUGAGAGGAUAGAGUUAAGUACAUACUUCUACCUCAGGUAAUCAAGUAAAUGAGGAUGUGCCAAGUCCGGUUAAAUUUAGUCUCCAACAGUAUUAUUAUGUAAAUUUAAAACAGGUUAAUCUAGACUUAAGUGGUUUGUAAUAAAAUUAUUAAUAAACAGUACAGCAACAAA